CAGGCCAUCCCGGUCUCCCCAAAUAUGGGACCGAGCAUUCCGCUUCCCUGCUUCCCGGAAAGGGCGUGGAGAGCUGACAAUUGAUCUAUACUGUAAGUCUCCCUUUAUUUCUUUGUCGGUAAAUAUACGUUCUUGCCAAGAUCCUCACCACCCACAAAAGGUAGUGGCAAGCCUGGCCCAGGACAUCAGCAGCAGCAGCCUCCGCAGGGAAGGGGAACUUACUGGGCCUUUUCCCACCCUGGUAUCUCCAGGUAUCCUGGGGUGAGAGAGAACAACCAUCCUUUCAAUCUUUUUGCCAGAAUUAACAGCCAGGGGAUUAACUUCCCAGGUGCCACCAUUCUGCUCUCACGGCCCCACUUCACAUUCUCUCUCUCUCUCCCCCUCCCUCUUUCCAUCAUUUUUGGCUGCCCAACUGACCACAGGGUAACUGGACGUCUUACAAUAUAAUGUAAUGUAGUGCUAUUUGUUGUUUUUGACCAGUCUGCCCCCAAUGUAAAGAAUUCUUAUUCCUUACCAGGAAAGAGAAGGACCCGUCAGUCAUCCAAACCAUCCCUUGGAUAAGAAGGGCAGUAGUGGAGAAUCUGCCCUCCCGCUCUGGGGAGCACAGGAAGGAGCCCAGCAUAGCAGACCGGAAGGGCAGUCCUAGGGGGCAGUCCCUGGGCUCCCAGGCCCAGCUGGCUGGGUGCAUCCCUGGCAGCAUCAGGGCCGGCUGCAGCCUAUUAUUCCUUUCCACAGAAAAAUAACAUUGAUUGGUUUAUAAUUUCAUCUCCCGGGGACACUUAACACAGAGCAACAUCAAACACAGAAUAAAAAUAACAAAGCAAGUGUAUACAAUUCAAAAUCUAAACUGUUGUGGAACAGUGCUGAAGGAGCACACCCCCAGGGAGAAGAACUGGGUUUAUUGCAAGGAUUGCUGAGUGUCUGCAUUACAAGAAAGAGGGGCCCCAAACUAUGGGGCAGCCAGGAUUUUUAUGGAGGUUGGGGCUACAAGGAGGGAAGUCUUCAGAAUCUUCAGAAUGGCUGGCCAUUUGGGCUACCUGGGUGGGUGGGUCUUGUCCUUGGGCAAAGGGAGCCCUUCCCAGGGCCAGUGGAGCUGGAAAACCAUUUAGGAAGGAGAAGUUUGGGGUUCUUCACCCGGUUGGUUUAAGCUUGUGGAGGACCUUGCCUGAGGCCGUGUGUGUGUGUGUGUGUGUGUCUGAAGGGAUUGGGCAGAGAGAGGACGGGGUGGGAAAAGGGGGCAGCCUCCAUUUUGUUUUCUGGGUUUGUUUUCGGCACUGCCCCUCUGGCACCUCCAAACGGCAAUCUAAAGAUGAAAGCAUCUCUUAAACAUCUUCCUGAGAAGCAGUUAUGGCGACUGUGGUGCUACAGGAGCUGACUGCACAUGCCCAGAAGGCUCCCUCUACCUGAAAAGAGGAUCUGAUGCCAUCAGGCUGAGCUCAGGCCGAUGCCAGCCCAAAACGCAGCAGAGGAGGGUCUCUGGCCAAGGCCUGGCAGGGCCAGAUGGCGAUCCCAGGGAGGCACCAUAGUCUCUGCUGUGCCUGCUUGCCAUAGGGCAUCUCUGCCGCACCUUCUGGAGUGGUAGAGGAGUGGAUGUUGGUCAGGGAGGGGUUGCCAGCUGUGAUGACCAGAGGAACUCAAACUGGGAGCUCCUGAAAAUAUCAACCAAUUUUCUUGGCAGCCAGAUGUUUGGAAGGAGUUCGCUUUCUUCCAUCAUGAAUUUUAGAUUGUGAUCCAGCCUUCUCCCUUGGACUGUUGAGCCCCCCCCCCCCAAAGCACCAGCUGGGCCAACCUGCUACAGUUCCCAGCUGGGUCUCCGGUGGCCCAGAGGCUGUUUCCUGCAGAGACAUCUGGCUGUAGUUAAGGGCUGGAGUGUGUGGGUGGGGGGAAUUGAAGAGGUAGGUGGGCUGAGUGAGGGCCUUUUAGGUCGCGCCCCCCCCCCCCCCCCGCAGCCUGUGACUGCUUCUUCCAUAUUGCUGGAAGAGCGCCCCCCCCCCCGAGUUCCCAAUUGAAACCUCCUGCAGGGGGUGCGGCUGAGCGGCCCCAGCUCCAUGCGUGCCUUCACUGAGCCUCGGUGGCUCGCUCCUCCUGCUUUGCCGGAGCUGCCACUUCCUGGCAAGGCUCUUUCUGUUUCUUUACCGACUGCUCAGCUCUGUUCCCUGAGCCCUCCUGAAGAGAGACGCAGCAGACUCGCCUGGGAGACCCCUCAAAGCACCAGCGGGGAAGCCGCGGAGGGCAGGAAGAUGCCUCUGGCGCUCCCUUUGGGCGCCUUGGUGCUCCUCCUGUUCCACACAGCCAGCCUUGAGGCAGGAGAGAUUAAAGAAAUCACAGUGGAAAUCGCUUCGGGGAACGUGUUUCUCACAUGCCCAGAAGAGAAAUCCGAGUGGUGGGACAAGAAAUCCGACCUAGGAACAAGCCGCAUCCUGAACAUCUCUGCCCCAGACGAUCUGCUUGAGAUCGAAAGGGGGAAAGAAUUUUCCUGUGGACAAAAGAAGAGCAAAUCCUGGAGGAUUUAUCUGAAGAUCAAAGGGUGCAAGGACUGUGUGGAGCUGAGCCUGGGCCUCGGGGCCGGCAUCAUCGUGGCUGACCUCCUGCUCACCCUGGGAGUCCUGCUCCUAGUCUACUUCUGCAGCCAGAAGCAGCCGGGCCUCUUCAGGCCAGGUGCCCCACGAAGGCAGCGGCUGCAGGGACAGCAAGCAGACCAUCCCCCGCCUGUCCCAAAUCCAGAUUAUGAGCCGAUCCGGAAGGGCCAAGGGGAGGUUUAUGCUGGCCUGGCGCCCCAGGCUUUCUGAGAUGCUGCCUCGCUUGCCAUGGCAAGAUGCCAGAUGUCCCGGCUGGCCGUGAGAGUCCCCAGAAGUGCCUGUCACUUCCUUCUCCUCUUCGCACUGACAUUCCUGGUGGGGGAACUCCCUUUGCCCUGAGUUUUGCAGCUGGAAAAUCGAGUGGCCUGGAGAGCCCCAUCCCAGGUGGAGCGGAGAGCCCCGGGAUGCCCAGAGGGCUUCUCAGACUGCAGGUCUCACCUGGGCAAGAAAGCGGCACCAUAGACGCCUCUUCCCUCAUGUGGGGUCACUCAGCCACAGCACUGCUGCCCCAAGUGCAUGCAAGCUCCAUGGCUCCCGUCCCAUCUGGCAGCUCUGCUCUUCUGGCUGGGGGUACCCAGGGUGGCCAGUCUCCCCUAGAGCACCUGAGAUGGCAUGCCCGGGUGGUCAAUUUGUGCUGCCCACUUGCCCUGGCAGGGCAGCCCAUGAUGAAAAGGCAGCCUGCUUUUACAUUUGUUUUGCUUGUGCUCGCGAGGAAUCCUAGUAAAGCUUUGUUCCAUUCACCCCAGAG